AUGGAAUGGGAUCGGAGCUCCGGCGAAGGUCACCGGCACAAGAGCAGAUGUGGGUUUGAAAAUUGGGACAAAGAAAGGGAAAAGUUGAAAACUAUAUUGAAUCGUGCAACAAUGAAGGAUGGUAAAACUGUAAUUCUAACAACCUUAAACAAUGCAUGGGCGGCUCCAAACUCCGUUUUCGAUAUCUUCUUAGAAAGUUUCGAGAUUGGAAACGAUGUUAAAAAACUUUUGAACCAUUUGGUCGUCAUUGCAUUGGAUUACGAGGCUUAUUCACGAUGUUUAGUUAUACACUUUCAUUGCUAUGCUUUUAACUCGGGCCAAUGGGAGGUGGAUAAUAAUGAUUCCUCCGGCGAAGCCUAUUUCAUGACUUCGGAUUACUUGGAGAUGAUGUGGAAGCGAAUUGACUUUCUACAAAAGGUUCUUGAGUUGGGAUUCAAUUUUGUUUUCACGGAUGCAGAUAUAAUGUGGUUUCGAGACCCAUUCCCAAAAUUUCAUUCAGAUGUAGAUUUUCAUAUUGCUUGUGAUUAUUUCACGGGUGAUCCUUGGGAUCUGAGUAACCUACCUAAUGGUGGUUUCACAUAUGUUAAGUCAAAUGAACGCACCAUUGAGUUUUAUAGGUAUUGGUAUGACUCGAGGAUGACUUACCCGGGCUUGCACGAUCAAGAAGUGCUCGACAAGAUCAAGAACAAUGUAUCGUUAUUGAUGGGGGUAAAAAUAAUGUUUCUCGACACGAGAAUGUUUGGUGGAUUUUGCGAACCUAGCAAAGACUUCAACCAAGUUUGUACAAUGCAUGCAAAUUGUUGUUUUGGGUUAGACAACAAAGUUCAUGAUCUUAAGAUUUUGCUUGAUGAUUGGAGAAAUUAUUUAUUGAGGUCUCAUGAUCUUGAUGAUCCAUCUUCAAGUGAGCCUCCAUCUUGGAAUGCACCAAAAAAUUGCAGCUAUUAUUACUAUCAAAUUCAUUAA